AGUCUCCCGUACCGCUUCACUCCAUCAUCCCCCGACGCCCCCGCAUCGCCGCUUCACCCCGACACCCCGCGCGACCUAGUGCGCAACGGAGGGGGAAGCGGUCGUCGUCGUCGUCAGCGGCGGCGGCUGCGGUGCACCGGCGGGAAACAGGUGGCGGCGCACCGGUUUCCCCUUUCUGUAUCGCCCCCCCCUCCUUUCUCCUUCCCCAUCCCUACGAGCAAACGCCGCCGGCACACGGGGACUGAGGGAGGCGGCUGCGGGCGAGCAAGGAGACGCACCGGCGGCUGAGGGCGUCGGCACACGUCGUCGCGCAAGGUAGCUGACGACUCCGCACGAAGACCCCAAGCGACAGCACACGAAUUGGUGUAAGCAGAAACAGUCCACAAUGACAACUCCACUCCCUGUCAGUGCUGGUGAUGCUUCACGAGUCCUCUUCACUGGCAUUCGAGACCACACUGACAUCCUCAUCGAGGUCCUCCUUCGGCUGCCACCCUGGUCCCUCUGCCAACUACGCUGUGUAUGCAAACUAUGGCUAGAGCGGACAACAUCGUCCACCUUCCUCUCUGCCUAUGCUGAACGUCAUACCACCAACCCUUCAAACUGGUUCCUCCUGGACCGAACAAUCUUUAUUGACACUGCCCCCACACCCCGAGGCCCAAUACGUGCACUGCUUCGCAAUUCUGAACCACCAAAAGUCUCAUCAAUCAUCACCUCCUCUCGCAUGUGUUCCAUUCACCGGAAAGAGUCCUUCUAUGACCAGCUACCCAUGGUUGUCAGCUACAGUGGUGGCCUCAUCCUGCUCACUGGCAAUGAAAAUAACUACUAUGUCUGCAACCCAUUCACUGGAGAUACUUUCCUUCUACCAGUUCCGAAGCCCCAACUCCGCAAUGCUGAAAGCUUGGGCAUUGUUGCUCGGGAUGGUGAGUAUGUGGUUGCUGAACUCAUGAUGUCCUGUCUACGUUCCUUCUCAUCAGUAAAUGGCCGUUGGGAGGAGAAGCCUCUCGUAUGCCCUCAAUUCUCCAGGGGUGACAUGGUAUUCUCCUCUGGUGGGAUGCUUCAUUGGGUUGAUCUCAACUGUGGCAUACUCUCCUGUGACCCAUUUGCAUCAGAACCAACUGUACUUUUUAUCAACCUGCCAGAGGCCAGUGGAAGACCCACCCGUGGCCUGGAUGAAUGGAUCCACAUGAGGUAUGUUGGUGUCUCUGCUGGGCGGUUGUGCUUCUUUGACAUUGAUGAGGAUGAUGGAGAAUCUGGGUCAAUGAGCUUGUGGGCACUAGGUGGGAACAGUGGUGAGUGGGUGUUGGAAUACAAAGUGGAUUUCGAAGAUCUGUGGGAAGAUGAAAGCUAUGAUGAUUAUUCGCUGGAUGAGGAUGAGGUUCCAUUAGUUGGCUUGGUUGACCCAUUGAAUGAGCACAGUGUGUACGUGAUUUCUCAGGACUGCCUCUUCAACAUCGAUCUGAAGACAAAGCAAAUUCUUAAUUGUACAGCACAGACUAAUGCUGGGAGGGAGGUUGGAUCUUCUCCUCCAAUUGCUUGCGUGGUGCCCCCUUUACCGCACUUGGUGUCUCCCUAUCCGUCAUGUUUAAGGAAAGAAGCAAGCAACAGUGAUCCUCAGGAGGCAGGAAGCAGUGACAAGCCCCAAAAGUCUGGGAAGGGCAGGAGAAGGAAAUCGAAGACGUGAUAAAAUGAAAAUUGAGUUCAUGUCAUCGGUUUUAUCAUUGAUGAGUUGAAAAGUAUCUCUACUGAUCAUGUGCGGUCCUAAUCUCUUUUAAAUCUCAUAUGCAGUGUGUUGCAGCUCUGUUGCAUUUCCUUAUCAGUUCAGCUAAACUUAUGUAUCGUUUGAACCUUUUAGCGUCAUAUGUAUCGUUUGAACACCUCUUUGUUGAACGAAAUGAAGACUAAAUUUGACCUGAAAUUGUUUGCUAA